AUGCAGCUGGUGAUGGACGUCGUCGAGAGGAAUCGGACUUGGGAGCUAGCUGAUCUCCCAGCCGGCUACUGCGCGAUCACCCUCAAGUGGGUGUUCAAGCUGAAGAAAGAUGAAGCCGAAGCGGCCGUCUACUGGCGGGGCAAGGGCGGCAAUGCCCUGCUGGUGGGCGUCUACAUCGACGACUUGGUGAUCACCGGCGCCAAGGAUGACGAGGUGGAGGCAUUCAAGGAGGAGAUGAAGGCCACCUUCCAGAUGAGCAACCUGGGGCCUCUCUCCUUCUACUUGGGGAUUGAGGUGCCCCAGGACGACUCCGGCACCAGUCUCCGACAAACUGCCUACGUCAAGCGCAUCGUUGAGCUAGGUGGGCUCACCGAUUGCAACCCCUCUCUCACUCCGAUGGAGGAGAGGCUGAAGCUGAGCCACGACAGCACCAUGGAGGAGGUCGACGCCACGGAGGACCGGCGCCUUGCAGGGAGCCUACGCUACCUCAUCCACACGCGGCCAGACUUGGCGUUCGCUAUCGGCUACGUUAGUCGGUUCAUGCAGCAACUGACGGCGGAGCAUCUAGAAGCUAUCAAGAGGAUCAUCCGCUACAUCACGGGCACCCUCGACUACGGCCUGCACUACCUAGGGUGUCCCAGCGCGGCACACUUCAUCGGCUAUAGCGAUAGCGACCACGCUGGCGAUAUCGACACGACCAAGAGCACAAGCAGGACAAUGCUCUUCCUCGGCAAGUUUCUGGCCAGCUGGCAGUCGGUCAAGCAACAGGUGGUGGCUCUGUCCAGCUGUGAGGCAGAGUACAUCAUCGCUACUUUCACUUCGACACAGGCGAUCUGGCUGGCUCGACUGCUUGGUGAUCUCCUUGGUAGAGUUGCCGAAGCAGUAGAGCUUCGGGUGGAUAGCAAGUCCACUCUGGCCCUGGUAAAGAACCCCAUCUUCCAUGAGCACAGCAAGGACAUCAGGGUGAAGUAUCACUUCAUAAGGGGCUGCUUGGAGGAUAGGAGAGUCAAGGCCAACUACAUCAGUACGCUGGACCAGCUUACUGACUUCCUCACCAAAUCCUUUAGGAGAGUCAAGUUUCAGGUGCUGCCGUCCAGGACUGGGAUGAUCAAGAUCCCUUAG